AUGAGUUUGCUUUGUACGUCCCCGUCUCCCUCGUCAGACGGGACGCCACUCAAGUGCCAGUCCGCGUACCUCCAGACUAAGGGCUGGAUGGCUGUGAUCGAAGGGCUCGGGAUCAUCUCGCUCCCGAUCGUCCAAGCGAGGACGUUGAUCACCUUAUUCGAAGUGGCACAUGGCUUCUACCCGGCAGCUUACCUCUCGAUUGGGACGACUGUCCGAGCCGCCGAGGCGCUGACACCGGCCCCGAGCUUAGGUGCUUCGCCCUCGACUGCCGAUGAGGCCGAGCGAAACGAGGUCGUGCUGCUCUGGGGUGCCAUCCGUGUUCUGGACAGAUACAUCACCGUCCGUUCGGGCCCUCGUCCCUCGCUUACUCGCUCGCUCCCUCAGGUCGUCCAUGAUUCGAACCCAACGGUCAGGGUCCCCAGCCUCGAGGAGAACCGAAGCAGCCCUCUCUCGCAAUUCUCCCGUAUGGUCGACGCGUCCGCACUCCUGGAUAGCAUCCACAACGUACUCCACAACCCCACUUCCGAACAGGCGUUCAACGUGGAAGAAAUGCAGCUUUUUGUGGAGACAUUACAUAGUCUCCGCACGCUCCUUGUCGAAGAGAUUGACGAGGCGGACGCGAUCUACUCCGGUGCGCUGGAUCUUUGUCACACUGGCCUCCUUCUCGUCUACGAGAACGGCACCACCGGUCUGAUCACGGACGGACAAAUUUUAACCUGCCACGUCCAUGCCACGUUGUCUCUGUCCUCGCUUCUCACGACUAUCACGGACACCGUCUCCCCUUUGGUCACGGGGAUUGAACCCGUCGACCUCGACCGCCUGCCGCCGUUCAUUAUGUAUCUUGUGUACAAAGCUGCGAGGAUUGUGACCGAGCGGUUCCGGCUGGAGAGUGACUCGCGGGAGGCGGUGCGCAAAUUGCGCAUUCUUCGGGGAUUCCUGGAACUGGGGAGCGCCAGGUGGUUAUGUUGUCGACGUUAUCUGGACCUUCUCAACGAGGAUACUACCCCGCGUAUCUUGAAAGCUGUAGCAGCGGACCAGUAA